ACAGCUGGAAAUAAUGUCCGGGUGAACAUACCAUGUCGGGAAGACGGUAAACUAAAAUGCAACCAUUUAUAUUUAGAGAACGGCAUAUUUUGGACAAAAUGACGAUACAACAGUUGCUAUCCGUAACUUAGUAAGUUAACAGUUAUGAUAUCCUGCAAGUGACUGAAUCUUAGCUUGUUUAAAGCUAUUUGAAAGUUGCCUUACAUGUUAGUUUGUUGAAGUAGCCUACAGAGAUACACCAGGAUACACCUUGCUACCUAGUGACAAUGAGUCUUCUAACUCACACUACCGAGGGGUUCAGCUCCACUGAGUACUGGGAACGCUUCUUCAAGAAGAGAGGAGAGACGGCUUUUGACUGGUAUGGAGACAACAACAACUGUGGCAUGCUGCUCAAAUACAUCAAACCUCGGGAUAAGAUCUUGGUGGUGGGCUGUGGUAACUCUGAGCUGUGUGAGCAUCUGUAUGAUGUCGGCUACAGACAUCUGACCAACAUUGACAUCAGUGAGACGGUGGUGAAUCACCUGACCUUCAAGAAGGUGGAUGCCACACAGACCCCCAAUGAGGACGGAAGCUACCAAGCUACACUGGGCAAGGGGACACUGGACGCCAUGGCCUCCCAGGAGGAGAGGGUUCUAGCUGGGAGGAUACUGGCUGAGGUGGGAAGUGAGCUCGGUUGAAGGGAGGUAGUGAGUCGUGGUAACAGUGUUCUGAGUGGUCAGUACUCUGUAGAGGAUGUGAGAGGAGAGGUUGGUCAUCUCAACUGCAGACUAGUGUUCCUGUUUAAUGAAGGACUGGUCCAGUCAGAGAGCUGCCUCACUGACCCAACAACCACAGCAGCCUCCACUCAGAAAAAGAGCAGAAGGAAAGCCCUCUGCCCCUUCCCCUGUGCCCUCACAGUCACCAGGUGGCACCUUGGCGGUGGAUAAGGGCUUGGUCUGUUGUGCCCACCACAGAUACUAGGGGUGGGCUCCAACCACAACAAAGACGUCCUAGUGUCAGUGCUCCUGGUGGGGCUGGGUGGAGGAGGGCUGGAGCUGGACCCUGCAGUGCUGAACCUGAAGGUUGCAUGAGGAGAGGAUGAUGAGAAAGAGGGGAAGACCUUGUGAACAAGUAUCAUGAUCUCAUACUUUACUGUAUACAAAAUAAAAACAUGUAGAGAUGUAGUUUAUUCUAACACUAUCAAUCAAGUAAAGAAUGUUUUAUUCUCAAACUUCUCUCUGGUGUUUAUUGAUGAUGAACCCUGCAGUGAUUUUCUCAGGAUUACAGUUGCUUUUGAAACUAUUUUAUUUUCUAUCAGACUUGAACUAUCUCAAAUAUGUUACACAGAUGCCACCCCUUCUGAUUUUAGUCUGCAGUCACUCACACUCUCUCUCACUGCUGAAGAGUGCAGCAGUGUUAUUUACAGUAGAUUAAUCUUGCAGCAUGUUCACAGUAUCUCUGCGAGUUGGGUGCAUUGAAAGGUGUGAUUUAUAAACCUGGACUUGAGGCGGGAAUAUUUUCUGUCUGUCAAACCAAACUAAUAUUACAAUUUGCUAUCUGUUCCUUUGGAGUGAAUGGACGUGCAAACUGCCUUUGGGAACCCAGUCGCAGAUUUUUGCGUAUUUACAGAGAGAGAAGCCCUUUAGCUGGGUUUCCACUAGAUAGCACAGCCACAGUCAAAAUGGCCGUAUCGUACAAAUGUAUGAAAAACAUUUAACCUUCAUUUCGGGUUAGGCAUAUGGUUAGUAGUGUGGUUAAGGUUAGAUUUAAAAUCAGAUUUUAUGAAGAUAAAUUGUAGAAAUGGGCGGGGUUUAUGACUGUAACGACCCGUUGACGUUCGCUGCCUGUCAGAUGAAUCGAACUGUUAUCGAAUUGUUGCUUAGAACUGAACCGAACCAGAACUAAAGUCCACCAGAGGAAAUGUUAUCUUCACGUUUAUCUCUUUGACUUUUAGGGACUGACUUUUUGAACAAUAGGCUAUAUAUAAACACGGUGUAACUUGCUGGACGGACGUUUGGGUCCGGUUUGGGCGCGCGGUGACUGGACCAGUGUUAGUUGCCAACUAAUUGGACUGGAGUCACUACUUGACAGUAGGUUAAGUAAUCUGCAAGACAAGGCAAAAAUGACAACUUGCAAAACAAAUAAAAAUAUAAAUAAUUGCUAGGUAUACAAACGUUAUAUUUGUGUUUUAGUGGCAUGCGGACUGGGCAGUUGGCUAACAUUAAUAAACAUCACUCAGCACUUGAAGUAGCUUUUAAAUUUAGCUAAGUUUCUUGCACUUUUUGUUGUCAGCUAACGUUAGCUAUCAAUCUUGAAACUAUCCCAAUAACAUUCAAAUGUUUCUCUUUGACUGUCUUCAUCUUUUUUCAGCUUUACCCGAACCAUAGUGUUUGGAUGGUGUUGUGUGUGCAGGUGGCUGAAAGUUGGAUGUACAGCUCCGUGACCAUGGGCAACCAGGUGAUGGAGGAGCUCAUCCCAUUGGUCAACAGGUUGCAGGACGCCUUCAGCACCAUGGACCAGAGCUGCAACCUGGACCUGUCACAUAUAGCUGUAGUUGGCGGCCAGAGCGCAGGCAAGAGCUCAUUCUUGGAGAACUUUGUUGGCGGGUAUAGUAGUCUGAUAUAGUGAUCAACAACACAUCAGAUAAACCAUCCAUAAUGUUGUUCAAUAAUCGGUUACUCAGAUGCUGUCUGUUUUGAGUUUGGCAGAGAUUCAGGAGGGCUUACAGGAGCACCUAGAUCUUCUGCACAGAUUCUGCCAGACCUGGGCCCUGACAGUAAAUCUCAGUAAGACCAAAAUAUUGGUGUUCCAAAAAAGGUCCAGUCGCCAGACCACAAAUAAAAGUUCCAUCUAUACACCGUUGCCCUAGAGCACACAACAAAAACUAUACAUACCUUGGCCUAAACAUCAGCGCCACAGGUAACUUCCACAAAGCUGUGAACGAUCUGAGAGACAAGGCAAGAAGGAUAUUCUAUGCCAUCAAAAGGAACAUAAAAUUCAACAUACCAAUUAGGAUCUGGCUAAAAAUACUUGAAUUAGUUAUAGAACCCGUUGCCCUUUAUUGCUGUGAGGUCUUGGGUUUGCUCACCAACCAAGAAUUCACAAAAUGGGACAAACACCAAAUUGAGAGACUGUAUGCAGAAUUCUGCAAAAAUAUCCUCUAUGUACAACGUAAAACACCAAAUAAUGCAUGCAGAGCAGAAUUAGGCCGAUACCCACUAAUGGUCAAAAUCCAGAAAAGAGGCGUUAAAUUCUACAACCACCUAAAAGGAAGCGAUUUCCAAACCUUCCAUAACAAAGCCAUCACCUACAGAGAGAUGAACCUGGAGAAGAGUCCCCUAAGCAAGCUGGUCCUGGGGCUCUGUUCACAAACACAAACACACCCUACAGAGCCAUCACCUACAGAGAGAUGAACCUGGAGAAGAGUCCCCUAAGCAAGCUGGUCCUGGGGCUCUGUUCACAAACACAAACAGACCCAACAGAGCCUCAGGACAGGAACAAAAUUAGACCCAACCAAAUCAUGAGAAAACAAAAAGAUAACUACUUGACACAUUGGUAAGACUUAACAAAAAACAGCAAACUAGAAUGCUAUUUGGCCCUAAACAGAGAGUACACAGUGGCAGAAUACCUGACCACUGUGACUGACCCAAACUUAAGGAAAGCUUUGACUAUGUACAGACUCAGUGAGCAUAGCCUUGCUAUGAGAAAGGCCGCCGUAGGCAGACCUGGCUCUCAAGAGAAGACAGGCUAUGUGCACACUGGCAAAAAAAAUGAGGUGGAAACUUAGCUGCACUUCCUAACCUCCUGCCAAAUGUAUGACCAUAUUAGAGACACAUAUAUCCCUCAGAUUACACAAAUCCACAGAGAAUUCAAAAACAAGCAUGAUUUUGAUAAACUCCCAUAUCUACUGGGUGAAAUACCACAGUGUGCCAUCACAGCAGCAAGAUUUGUGACCUGUUGCCACAAGAAAAGGGCAACCGGUGAAGAACAAACAAUUGUAAAUACAUGCCAUAUUUAUGUUUAUUUAUUUCCCCUUUUGUACUCUAACCAUUUGUACAUAGUUACAACACUGUAUACACUGUUUUCAGAGCAAAUGUGCAGAUAUGAGAGAGGAGACUAAUGACACACUUUCUCGCUCUCUCUUUCUCUCGCUCUCUUAGUAUGGUUGGUAUGGAAUACUGAAGUAUGGAUACCUGAAAUGGCUUUGUGACAAUAGUGAUGAUGUCUGUGUGACAGUGACCAGCACUUGGUCACUUAUUAACCAGGAGCCUUGGUCAAAAGUAUUGUACUAAAUAGAGAAUAGGGUGCCGUUUGGAAUGCAAUCACUGACUUAAUGUCUGAUGCCUGAAUCCAGCUGUUUCUCCAGCCUUGAGUGUCAGUCCUUGCUUCCUGCAGGCGUGUUGUCACAGCUUGAUUAUAAAUGGUAGGAUACUAUAAAAUAAACUCUGAAGCAAGACAACAGGAAAAUGGUGGCACCCUGAAUUUGGAGUAAAAGACUAGAAAUAAGUGAUUUCGCCCAUUAUUUCUUUGUAGAGUUUAUACUGCAGCCUGAGUGGGGGAGAAAGGAAGACUAGCGGUUAAGAGCGUUGGGCCAGUAACCGAAAGGUUGCAGGGCCUCUGCUAAAUUACUCAAAUGUAAAUGUAAUGUCAAAUGAGUGUGGGGUCGUUUUGACAUUGAGAUGUAGAUGUAUUUUACAGUUGCCUCAGCAGGGCUGUUAGACAUGUUUCAGCUUCCAAUGUUGUGUUUAUACCCACUCUUGUCUUUUAACACUAGAACCCCCUGGCCUUUCAGCAUAUCAGUACCCGCUAGAGAACGUGGCCGGGCGUCACCUUUAGCAUAUGCAUCAGAUGCAUUUCAACCCGCAAGGUGCACAAACAUGCUUGAUAAGUAGUUCAUAAACUAUAGUAAGGGAUUAAUUGCAUGAAGAAAUAUUUAUGGAAAUAUAUCAAUAAAAAAAAGAGUUGUUUGUUUAGAUAGAGUCAAGGAUAUGUUUUGUAUAAUUCUUCAAAGUCCUAGAAAAAAACACAGGCCUAAAGCCUAGUUAUUUCUCUUACAAUAAAAACAUUAGUGUGAUUUAUUUGAUCAACUUUUUUGUAGAUAUGAUUAGUAAUAGUAAAUAAUAAAGUCCAGUUACAGCUUCUUUUGACAAAGUAGAAACCAAAAAUAUUAUAAUAAUCGAACCAGCCACAGGUGAAAUGAUUUGCCAUAUUCUUCAACAAAAGCACCAGUGCAUGAACAAUUGUGAAGAAUGAAUUGCAUAAAGAAAUAUUUGUGGAAAUAUAUUCAUGACAAGAUAUAAAAAACAACA